AUGGUGUUUUUACAGAGUGGACUCAGCAGCGGACUGAAAGCGACCGAUUGGCUGGCGCCAGUGGGGCCGAUAAUCGGCGGCCGAGGGGGCGGCAAGGCCGAGCAAGGACAGGCGUCCGGCCCCCAGGUGCAGCGCUGCCAAGAGGCCCUGGAAGCGGCGCAAGCACUCGCCUCCACCAAACUAGGUAAGAUCACGACACUGGAGCAUCCGCACACCGGCCAGACCAGUCACAAUGUUGCCUCUUGGCUGCUCAAGAUCAGGUUGGCAGCGCAUUUCUCUAAGCAAACGUUAAAUUACCGCACGGGGCCAGCGUUAGUGUUGUACUGUGCUGAUUUGUGUCUAGAUACUCCAGAGGAGAUUGUGUGGCAGGUGUCUAGUGAACAGUUGAGAGGUGAGGAGGGUGAAGUGAGAAAGUGGAUGGGUUACAAUGCAACAGAUGAGCAGAGUUUGAAGGAGUUGAACGACUUGUUAACAGAGCGUACGUUCCUAGUGGGCGACCGAUUAACACUAGCCGAUGUGAUAGUGUGGGCCACAGUGUUGCCCAUAUUGGGAGUGAUGACUCGUAUCGAGCGCCUGCAACUGCGCAGUUUGAACCGAUGGUUUGUGACGAUGCUGAACCAGGACGGGGUGCGAUGUGACCCGGUGCCUGCUGCACUCUGUUGGGAAGGAGUCGACCUAGCCCAACACAAACCGUUCUCUUUAGUGGAGUUCAAAGAGGCGUAUUCGGGUGCCGACCCGUGUCUGGCUGUUGAUCUGCUGUGGCGCACAUUUGAUCCACGCGACGACUCGUUCUCGUUGUGGUUUUGUCAGCACAAGCAUCCUGAAGAGCUGCCGCGGGAGCCGUUCAAGAACUGCAAUCUGAUUACUGGCAUGUACCAGAGGUUGGAGCGAUUGAAGAAGCACGCUUUUGCAGCGGUGGGACUGUUUGUUGGCGACGAUGACACAAAUCGGCAGAUAUCGGGCGUGUGGCUGUGGCGUGGCAAUCGACUGGUGUUCACCUACCGAACCGCAUGGCAGUGUGACUACGACUUGUACGAUUGGACUUGCCUGGAUCCCACUGACAGUGCCAAUCGCGCCCUCAUCACCAGCUACCUCUGCGGAAGCGAAUCUCUUCAAGACCAGUGCGGUCGUCGCCUUGCUCAUCUCAGGAUCUUUUCUUAGAUCAAUUCACUGUCCUGGGCCCCUCGAAACAUGAGAAUGGUGUCAUUCUGUUGCACAGUUUUUACUAGAAAUAGUACAAUAAGAAGCUGAAUCCCUAUGCAAACUUCUCAAAAACAAAAACGACGUACGUCAAAAUCUAAAAUGUUUUUUUCGCUUGUAAUUUUGAUUGCCGUUCAAGAUGUGGAUGGUUGCCACACGCAACUCUUCCAGUCUGCUCCGGAAUGAAAUGAAAUGGAAAAAUAACUCUUUAUUUGGCGGACUUAACUUAUUUGGCGGACAAAUAAAGAGUUAUUUUUCCAUUUCAUUCCGGAGCAGACUGGAAGAGUUGCGUGUGGCAACCAUCCACAUCUUGAACAGCAAUCAAAAUUACAAGCAAUUAAAAGAAACAUUUUAGUGGUAUAAUACCACUCAAUCUCAAAUUGUUGGCAACAAAAUGAGCAAAAAGACGGAAUAGGCUUUUCCAACUGAAAGCUGGAAGAUAGUUCUCGCGACAAUGGAAACGUCAUAUGCUUAUCUGGAAAUAGCACCUAUAGCAAUAGUAUGCUGACUUCAUCAACAGCACGAUCUCCAUUGUUUAGUGAAACACCAGGCGAUCAUUGAACCGUUUUUCUGAACUUCACUCGGAGGUGAAUAAAUCGCCUGUAGAUGGAAGAGGAGAUAUCACGUGUGGUAUCCACUUUUUCCUCUUGCAGCAAACAUGACUGUAAAGAACAAACAUGACUGUACAGAACUAACAUGACUGCAAUACAUUUUCAAUUAAUUUUAUUUGAAUCGCAUUUAACCCAAGUCUCGGGGCUUGGAAGGAUUGCCUUGAAUUCUUUACAUUGCAGGCACAGUUCUCCAUCAAUCACACUUUUCAAUUUUCCGGUGAAAUGAAAUUAAAAGAAUGGCUCAUGAAAAUUUUAGUUCAUCAUGGAUUUUCUCUUUGUACUGCUUCUAACGAACUAAGUGAUACUUAUCUUACGUUUGGAUAACCUAGGGGGGGGGGCAACUGGAAUGCAUUCACCUCCGAACUAUUUAUCAACACUAACAACUAUCAUCCAAAUCGGUGCUUUCUUUGUAAUUAUUUGUGACUAGUAGUUUUGUAGUAGAUUGUUCAGGACAUUUUUGCAAAAAUCAAGGAUCUCAUUUUCUAGUCCCCAGUCCUUUCACUGACGGUCGAUACAUAGCCAGUCCCCAGUCUUUUCACUGACGGUCGAUACAUAGCCGACAUUUUAUAAUUUGAGAGUGUAAAUAUUAAGGAAAUCCAUCAACAGCAAAUUGUAAGCCUUGUUUCCAUUACAAUUAACCAACACCAGAAUUUUGUGAUUCCACAAGAUAUUUGUAAAGGAAAUUUGGCUUCAUUCUUACAUUCUGGGUACCCCGAAAUUUCAAAACCCCUCUUGGGAGCAAUAAUAAUCAUAGUCAUUUGAGAGGGGUAUAAAUCACUAUUGCUCAUAAUUAUCCUUGACUUUUUUCAUUCAGGUUUUUCAUAUUUCUCUUCAUUUUUUGACUUCCCAUGAAGCAAUAUUAUAUUAAAUAACAAGUGUAAAAAUUUGUUGAAUUAUGAUACAACAUAUUAAUUCCUCUACAUAGAAUUGCUUUGAUUGAAAUAAUUAUUUAAAUUUCAUGUAAAUGUUUACAAUGACAUAGCAUAAUGUUUGAAUCUUAAGAUUUGUUCAUCGUAAUAAUAUGAUUGUUCAUCAUCAUCAUCAUCAUCAUCAUCAUCAAUAUUAAAAUAAAACUUGUAUUUAUGUAUUUUUAGCAAAUACAGACUGGAAUUGCUAGUUUAUAAGUUUUUGACUCCUUUGUUUUUGUGUUGAAUUGGAAAAAUGUCUAUUGGUAGAGGUAGGGAUGAACUUUCUUGUAUACUGUUGAAUUCUAUGUGAUAUAUUCUGGCCAAUAUCCAUUGGAAUCUUAAUCAUGUGAUCUCUGACUACUAGACUUUCUUCAUGUGAUAUUAAACGACUAGUUGAAUUGAUAAUUCCUAGUACAAUGGUUGAGUUUAAAGCCACUGAUCAAUUCCAUCGGGUUUUUCGUUCAGUAAAAAACCUGAUCACAGAUUAGUGAUCACAGAAUGGAAACUCGGCUAGUAUCCUGACGCCAAAAUCCGCCAUUUUGAAA